AUGAUUCUAGCAGUGGAAGGAGUACCACCAAGAUCAGUCGAUGGGAUCACUCCUAUACCGUUCGAUAAAAUAAAUCCUCGAGCUAAUGAGUUUCGGCGGUUGGAUACUGAUGGGGAUGACCAGAUAUCAUUCACUGAAUUCAUUCUUGGUGAUCAACGCUAUAUUGAGCGACAGUCAGCCGCAUUUCACAAGCUCGACACCGACGGGAAUGGUGUGGUCUCGCGUGGUGAAUACGACGCCUACUAUAAACGCAUUGACGAAGAACGUAGAAAUAACGACAUGGAACGUGACCGUUUCUUUGAUGGCUUUGUAGGUUCCCAUCAUGAUCCAAUCCAGUUUGCUAGUUCUAGCGAUCACGAUUCACACUACCAUGAUAUUGCUCCUGUAUGUGAUCCCGUUAAAGAAAACGAAUUUUAG